CUUGAAAACUAGACUCAUGUUUAUCAAAUGCAAAAGCUUUAUUCCGUGUAAGAGAUGAUGCUUGUGAAGGAAAACACCUGCUUGAAUAUGAAUCUACGGUGAACUGAUCGACUGCAGUAGGCUGGAGAAAUCAACAUCAAACUGGAUCCGAUUCUAAUGUCAUCCAAAGCUUGUGAUGAGUUGUAUUUGCUAGCUUUUAGAUCUCAUUUGAGGAUCCUGUUCCCUUUAAAUUGUUAUGACUUGCAUAUAUUUUUCUUUGUGCUCAUACUUGAUGCCUGAUGGUGCGUAAAAGCCAGCCAUAAUAUCACUGGGAUAGAUUAUAUCCAUUUCAUGAAUGUGUUUUCAUUCUCUGCCACUCAGCAUAUGUGUGUAUGUUUGACCUAUGUUGCAUCACCAGGUUUCUGUUGCUUGCGUGUUUUGAGAAAGGAGGAACGAGAUACUGAUAGAUCCUCAUUCUUGAUCAAUGGAAGCGAAGUACUAGAGGAUCUCAUUGUUUCCUUUGAUGGCAAAUCUAAUCCUAUUCGCAAUUACUCUGCUGAUGAGCUCAUAAAGGCAACCAACAACUUUGAUUGUUUUAAACUUUUGGGAUGCUGCUUAGAGUUUCCUAUACCAGCUCUAGUGCAUGAAUAUGCAACAAUAGGAGUGCUAAAUGAUGAAGGAGGUUUCGGAGCUACUGAGUCCUUAACCUGGAAAGCUAGACUAGGUAAGCAGCUUGCAAAUGCUCUUACAUAUCUCCAUACUGCCUUUCCUAGGCCCAUCAUUCUCCGGGAUCUAAAUUUUAGUUGUAUUUACUUGGGCCAUGAUUAUGUUCCCAAACUCUCCUACUUCGGGCUCUCCAUAACCAUCCCUCCCAUGAAAUCAUAUGCUGAAGAUGAACCAAAAGGAAGAUUUGGGUACUCUGACCCUGCUCACAUUACAUCUGGUAUUAUUUCAGAAAAAGGUGAUGUUUAUAGCUUUGGUGUGCUUUUACUUAUAUUUCUGACAGGACAAAAAGCUGUGGUUACCAAUCAGGACGGGGAAUACGAAUCAAUUAAUUCAUAUGUGAAAUUUCGUACUUGUAAUGGUCAGAUUCAGAGCUUUGUUGAUCCUAAAAUCUUUGGCGAGGUAGGGAAAUGAGCAAGUACAACAGCACUGGCAAGAUUUUGUAGCAAGGAUUCAGAAGUCUACCUUUCCUCGUUGCUAGCUGUAUCCUGAUAAAAUAAUCUGGGGUUCACAUCUAAAACCAAUUGGCAAUGGAUGGAAUGGCCCAAACUCUUAGUAACUCAUAGGCAAGGUCUCAUUUUUCCCAUGUGGGAUGUAUAUAUUCUCAACAUAUCCUACAUCUGUUAUCCCAUGUAAAAAAUCAGGUUGUAAUUCAUUGGUGGCACAUAUUCCAUACCUGACUUCAUUCUUGCAUGUAUAUGUUUCUGGACAUCAGUCACAUCACGUGUAUAUAGACUGAUAUACAAUGUGUUAUGUACGUUUUCUGGUAUUUGUUAGUAAUAUCCAAAAUAGACAGCUUCAUGUCGA